AUGGAACUCCUAUAUUUCCCAAACUUCUCUCUCUCCCAUGCAGAGCAGUAUCGCUGGUACCAGACACUGUACCAGGUGGGGGUGUUUGUCUCGCGAUCCUCUCUCUGCUGUGUGAAGUUCAGGAGAAUCUGGGCUCUCUCUCUGCUUCAGUGUGUGAACGCGGUGUUGCUGUUAUUGUCAGUGUACUACCAGUUCCUGCCCAGUGCAUGGCUGGUGUUUGUGAAAGUCCUCUACGAGGGGUUGCUGGGAGGAGCUGCAUACGUCAACACAUUCUACUUCAUCAGCAAGGAGACUGGAGACAGACAGAGGGAGUUUGCCAUGGUGGCAGCCAGUGUAGGAGACAGUCUGGGCAUCGCCAUCUCCGGACUCAUAGCUUUCCCAGUCCACAGAUACUUCUGCUCACUAUGAGAGAUAGUAGAGGGAGAAA